AUGGAAAAGCCUGUUCAAGUAACACUUUAUGACACCAAUACAAUUAAACAAACUUUAGAUGACUCGAUUAUUAAAUAUUUAACUACUCAAUUAAACUAUACACAACAUCAAAAAUUAAACUAUACCAAAGUUCUUUUAGGAUUUUUCGGAUGUGUUUUAGCAGCCAUUGCACAAUUCUACCCAAUCCCAUUUCCAAAAAAUAAACCAGUUUUAAUUUUAUGUCAAGCAAAGAUAAAUCAGAAAAUUAAAGUUAGCUCAGUAUUACCAAAAUAUGAUCCAAUAUAUUCAGUUAAAAUUGAAGAUUCAAAAAACCCAAAGAUUUCACACCCAUUCACAAAAUCAAUAGAUUUAUAUUUCGAUACCAAAGGUACAUUUUUAGAAUCAGCUUUCCACAACGAUUUAGUUGGUCAAUUUAAAAGUUUUUCAAAAUUAUCCAAAAAAGAUUAA